AUGCGUCAAUCCAGAGAGGAAGAAGAACAAAGCCAAAGCCUUAACGAAAGUGGCUCCGCAUUACCAAGCACAGCCCAGUCAUCUCCAUAUGAGCCUCUCAACGCAGAUCGAGACUGCACCCGUCUGUUGCGUAUCGAAGUGGCUAAGGAUGGAGAUCGUAUCGUUUGCACCUUGUUCACGGUCGCUUUCGGUGACAGGCCGAAAUUUGACGCGCUUUCUUAUAUGUGGGGCGAUGGGAAAGCUGAGCGUAGCAUCACUGUCAAUGGUGUUGACUACGGCGUUCGACAAAACCUUUGGGACGCCUUACACUACCUCCGGAAACAUGUCCCCAACACUGAUUACUGGAUUGACGCUAUAUGCAUCAAUCAGAAAGACGUGGAUGAACGUAACGGACAGGUCCGCAUGAUGCACCAUAUCUACUCCCGAGCUCAGACCGUCGUUGUAUGGUUGGGCAAAAGCUAUGCCGAGUACGAAACCGCGUUACCCGACUUGAAAGCUCUUCAGCACCAAAUACCUUCCAGUCAAUCGGCUGCUCCGGGAGAACCAGCCGAUGCAGCUCGAAACAGCCCUGCGGAGCGCAGCUUGGCAAGGAAACUGUACAGUGACAAUUACUGGAAGCGACUGUGGAUAAUUCAGGAGAUCGCCCAGGCCCAAAAGAUAAAAGUAUGCUUUGGCAACUCGGCUACAGAAUGGAAACUGUUUACACAUUUUAUGAUCAUGCAUAACUUCGGAUCAGAUGGACCGAUAAGGUUGGAACGGCAGAGGGAGGAGAAAUAUAGCGGGUCAAACACCUUGCUUGAACUGUUAAGAAGGCACAGAGACGCAGAGUGUCAAGAUAGGAAAGAUAAGGUAUACGGCCUUGUGGGAAUGACUUCCGACGCUCGUGGCUUUCUUAUCGAUUACAAGAAGUCAUCCUUUGAAAGAUGGACUGAGGUGAUGGAGUUCAUGAACAAACAUAGUCUGUUUUACGACAAAGAUAUCCUUGACGUGGGGCAUCUUAUCAAGUUCUUACUGAUGGGAGAUGAAUGCGACCCUUUGCAGCAGAUCAUGCGGUCGUAUGCACCGAGAGAGGGAGACGACACUGAUAUCACAGAUCCGGACAAUCACAGAUCAUUUGAGCUGCAAGGCGCAGUACUGGGGUGUGUUAUAUAUGUCGGUCCACAUCCCUCCGAGAUCGUCGGAGAUCUCAAGGCUGUGGAUUCUUGGACAGAGAAGAUCCAAGCUAACUAUCGAGAAGAUCUCGGAAAUGCCCAUCGAGACAACGAUACGAUGAUUCAAGUACUGUAUCGUGGCCCAGUAAUUUAUCCUUAUCCCGUCGUGGCUGUUGGACAGGAGGCUGGGUUCAAAGAUUGCAAAGUAGGUCUCGUGGCUCGGUUGCGAGAGACACAACAUCAGAUAACCCAGGUUCUGACAAUUGCCGUCUCUUUCAGAUGUCUUAUAGAGAUGGAGCACCGUGGAAACUAG